AUGUCGGAUUCAGAGAAAGGAACUCCGGUGCACCAGCUCGAAAAUGCCAUGGGAACCCAACCCGAGGCUUCCAAGUCUGUCGACGUGGUUCACAAUGACGAAGCGUUGAGAGUCCUGGAAAACUAUACCGGCGAUGAGACCUGGACACCUGAAGAAGAGAAGAAGUUGCGUCGCAAGAUUGACUGGAGACUUAUGCCAGUCCUCUGUGCCACAUAUGGACUUCAGUACUACGACAAGGCUAUGCUUUCCCAAGCUGCAAUCUUCGGCCUUCGAACGGACUUGGACCUCCUUGUAGGCAAUCGAUACUCCUGGGCGGCCUCUAUCUUCUAUCUUGGCUUCAUCGUUGGAGCUUACCCCGCUAUGGUCCUUGCCCAGCGCUACCCCGUUGAGCGUGUUGCGUCCGGCAUUGUCAUCGUCUGGGGUCUUUGCCUGAUCUUAACCACGGUCUGCAAAGACUACCAAGGCAUCUACAUCCAACGAUUCUUCCUUGGCUUUCUUGAAAGUGGCAUCAGUCCCAUGUUCAUGUUGAUUGUGGGAAGCUUUUAUAAGAAAAAUGAGCAAGCAAUGCGAAUGGGAAUCUGGUACAGCUGCACUGGAUAUGUGUCCGUAUUCUCGCCUUUGAUCAACUACGCACUCGGUCAGGUCAACGGGGGCGUCUCUUCGUGGCGAUACAUGUACUACUUCGCUGGAGCACUCACUAUUGCGUGGGGAAUCGUCCUCUUGUUUGUUCUCCCACCGGAUCCAGUGCGAGUCAAGGGAUUCGACGAACGAGAGCGAUAUGUUCUCGUCGCCCGUCUGAGGACGAACAACUCCGGUGUCAGAAACAUGCAUCUCAAGGUCGAACAGAUCUUGGAGUUGUUGCUCGACGCGAAGUUCUGGGUCGUCUUCUCGAUUGCUUUCUUGUCCAUGAUCGCCAAUGGGCCCAUUUCCACAUUUGUCCCUAUCAUCAUUAACGGCAUGGGUUUCAGCACCCUCCACUCCCUACUCCUCGUGAUGCCAGCGGGCGCCUACGCGGGAACGAUGCAACUACUUUUCCCUUUCUUGGCUUACAAGUUCCCGGGAAUUCGAUCUUAUCUGGUCUUCAUUGCACAGAUGGGCACAACCUUAGCGGCGCUGCUGCUAUGGCGUCUCCCAUUUUCAUCCACCGGGGCUCUGCUGUUCGCCUGUUAUAUCCUGCCAUCAGUGGGAGCUGGCUAUGCUGUGCUCAUGGGAAUGCAAAUUGCCAACACAGCAGGUUAUACGAAGAGGUCCAUUGCUUCUUCGGGCAUGUAUAUCGGCUACUGCCUAGGAAACUUUGUGGGACCCCUGGUGUUCAAGAAACACGAGGCACCCCGGUAUGAGUCUGGAUUUGUUGUGGUUGUUGUCACGUCGGUUGUUGCUGGGUUGUUGGCACUUGUCUAUCGCAUGCUUUGCAUGUGGACGAACCGCCAACGUGACAACAACGGUACACCUGAGGGCUUUGAUCACGCCUAUGAGGAUGACCUGACUGAUAGAAAGAACCCUCAGUUUAGGUACAUUCUAUAA